AUGUCUAAGGAGACCACUCGCGAAUUCGGCUCCCCUUGUUGGUUCAAUAUUCCCGCCACCGAUAUUAACCGUGCGAAGUCUUUCUACGCCGCCGUCUUCGGCUGGUCCUUCAAAGCCCACCCCGACGAUCCCUCCGCAAAAGAAUUGGUCCUAUUCAAGUUCCCGGAUCCCGACCUCAAUAUGUUAGCCGGUAGCAUUGAGCAUGUCGAAGCUGCGGUGCAUACCAAGGGCGCCAAUGCGUGCCAGAUAUAUUAUAUGAUGGAGGAUCAGAACAAAGCGAUUGAGGCUAUUAUCGCGAAUGGAGGGGUUAAACUUGGCGAACCCGUGGUUGAGGGGGAUCAUGGGUUUAUGACCCAGUGCUGCGAUUCAGAAGGGAAUCACUUUGUGGACGAUGGGCCUAAGAUCCAAGUCCCCAACGUGGUCACGCGCUGGGAUUGUGUGUUGAUGGAGGAGCUUUUCGACCCAAACUUGGGCCAUCGCAUCACCAAAGCCCCGAACAUCUUGCCCAGCGCAACAAUACAAGCCAUAUAUUCAUUGCCACUAUUCCACAGACGAUAG